AUGCUCUUCUGGGGCGUGGAGGUGAAGCAGGGCGAGCCAAUCGUGUGCGACCCUGAAGAUGGCACCGGAGGGCCGCUUCACAUCUCCCAGGCUGUUCUCGGGGCUGACUGUCCCCUCGACAAACGCGUGCUGGUGCAAGUCAGAGUGCUAGCAACGCACGAGGAGGAGGGGAAGGAAGGGGAGGAAUUGGACGACCAUGUAGCGUCCGGGAAAGCAGGGGAAGCAGAGGGGACACCGAAGAGCAAGGGAAGCCCGGGGGGGAAGGCGAGUCCGGGGGGUAAGGGGAGCCCUGCAGGCGGAAAGGGGAGCCCUGGUAGCAAGACUGGCUGUGCCGUCACUGGUUGCUGCGACCCCACCAUGACCAGCAAGAAGGGCAAGAGCCAUAGUCACGGUGCUGGUUCCGCUGCUCCUGGUGCUGCGGCUGAUGCUAGCCGUCCGAUCAUGAUCUGCUCGCUUACCGCGGGCGGCCCCAUGGAAUGCUGUCCGUUGGAUCUGAUGAUGGACGAGCCGUUCGAGAUCAGCCUGGUGGUGCCUGGGGACGGAGCAGGGGCAGCAGGAGAAAAUUGCUCGGUGCAUUUGUCGGGGUAUUACAUGGCUGAGGGGGUGUUGGGAGGGGAGGAGGAGCAUGGGGAAGAGGGCGAGGAGAGCGAGGAGGAGGGGGAGGAGGGAGAGGAGGUGGAUACUGACGAGGAGGACGCACACCUUGCAGGACUGCCGCUGGAUUGGUCGAGGGCAAUUGUAGAUGAUAGCGAGGAGGAUGAUGAGGAGGAGGAUGAGGAAGACGACGAGGAAGAUGAGGAUGAUGAGGAGGAUGAGAUGGAGGGGGUGGUGCUGGCGAACAGCAGCCAAACGGGAGUGCGUAUAGUAGAGAUUACGGACGAGGAGCAGGGAGCAGGGAAGGCGUCUGGAGCAGCUGGAGCAGCUGUAGCAGCUCUCCCCAGCGCGGAUCCCGUGGUUCAGGAGCCCAGUGCUGCUGCUGGCGGCACUGCCAAGGGGAAGAAGGGCGCUGCAAAGGAUAAGAAGCAGCAGGGGCAGCAGGAGAAGGGGCAGGAGCAGGGGAAGGGGAAGGAGCAAGGGAAGGGAGCAGCGGCGGCAGGGGCAGCAGGGGCGGAGAAGAGGAAAGGAGAGGCGGGUGCAGCAGGAGGGGAAGCAGCGGCAGCGGCACCACCAGGGAAAAAGAGCCGCGUGGCCCAGCACAAGGAUGCCAAGGCAAAGCAGGCGGAGCAGAAAAAGAAGGCUGAGGAGGAGAAGAAGAAGAAGCAGGAGGAGGUGCAAGCAAAGAAGCAAGCAGACGAGGAGAAGAAGAAAAAGAAGCAGGAGGAGGACGCAAAGAAGAAGAAGCAGGACGGGGAGGCAUGGGCAAAGGCGAAACAAGCUGCAGCCGCAGGGUCACCAGGAGCAGGGGAAGAGAAGCAGGGGAAGACGAGGAAGCGGGUGUUUCCGGGCGGCAUGGAGGUGGAGGAGCUGAGCAUGGGCAAGCCCGAUGGGAAGGUGGCAGAGCCGGGGAAGAAGGUCAUGAUGAGGUACAUUGGCCGUCUCAAGAAGACAGGGAAGGUCUUUGACUCCAACCUCACACAUCCCCAACCGUUUGCCUUCCGCCUUGGCGUGGGAGAAGUGAUCAAGGGGUGGGACGUCGGCGUGAAAGGCAUGCGAAUUGGUGACAAGAGGCGCCUCACCAUCCCUCCUGCCCUCGGGUACGGCUUCAGAGGGGCCCCGCCCAAGAUUCCCGGCAACGCCACUCUCGAGUUUGACGUGGAGCUCAUUGGCGUCAAGUGA